UCUGCAUUUGCGUAUAAUUUUACAAAAUACUCGACGAAUAGUUCUUAAAAACAGUGAUAAUUGGAAUUCAUUUUUAAUAUGAGUGACAAAAAUGUGGGUCGUGAACGAAAAGGAACAAAAAGAGAUAGUUCAUACGUGAAAAGACCGAAAGCGAAACGACCGUUGAAUCGACAUGAAAUAGAAAAGCCCGAACAUUUGAAUGUCAGCGCAUCGGCGAGGAAAUUGAAAUAACGUGAUUUUGAAGACAUUGAAGUGGACUCUACGUUCGGCUAUCAUUUCGUCAAUUUUGUAACAGUUUUUGCUGCCCUUUCGAACGUCGUUGUGUGUAAAGUGUGCCAUUCUGAAGUGAAAUUCACAGAGAGCAGUAAACGAGGAUUGGGAUUUAAACUUGUUGUAUCCUGUGACAAAUGCGAGAAAAAAGAAAUACCGAAUAGCCCAUACGUCAAGAAUGCCUACGAGAUUAAUCGAAGAAUUAUUUUUGCCAUGCGAUUGCUUGGAAUCGGUCUGCAAGGAAUAAGAAAAUUUUGCGCGUUUAUGGAAUUGCCCCGCCCCGUCUUUCAAUCGACUUAUGACAGUAUCAUCUCACACAUUUUGUCUGCAACAGAAGUAGUUUCCAUGAGCAGUAUGUCGGAUGCAGCACAAGAAGAAAAAAGAAUUUCUGCUGAAAACGGAGAACAAAACGGAAUCACGGUAUCGGGCGAUGGAUCAUGGCGUAAACGCGGAUUUGCAUCUUUAUAUGGCCUCGUUUCACUUAUCGGCUGGCAUACUGGCAAAAUUAUUGAUGUCAUCGUAAAAUCAAAAUACUGCAAAGCCUGUGAACAUUGGACGAAGAAAGAACACACCGAAGAAUACAAAGAAUGGGCAGAAAAUCACGCGAGCGAAUGCCAAGCGAACCACGAGGGAUCCGCUGGAAAAAUGGAGGUCGAUGGAGUACUUGAAAUGUUCCAGCGCUCUCAAGAAUUACAUGAUGUAAAGUACGCAAGUUACAUCGGCGAUGGCGACACGAAAACCUUCAAAGGUAUUACCGAUGCUCAGCCCUACAAAACAUUGACAGUAAUAAAAAAGGAAUGCGUUGAUCACGUGCAAAAUAACAAUGAGAGUUUCAACUCGACUGUGUGGGCGAUGGCUCCAAAAUCGAUGAAUUCCGGCAAAAAAAUAAUUGAUAUUGCUGCCAAUAUUGCUACAUGUGUUUUUAACGAUGGCUUCAUAUCAAUUUUGAGUACAUAUGAUGUCAUGGGCUUGACAAUCGGCUCGAAAAGUUUCCAGUUUUGCCAGGAAGUGGACCAGAACCGCAUCAAAAAAGCAGAAUAAUCAUUGAGCGAUGGAGCAAAACAGGCCCGCCUCGACUUAAAAGCAGCUCGGAAGGAGAAGCAACAGGAGGACAUCGAUGUAGAAGGCCAAUUGUAUGGUGCAGGCAUCGCAGA